CCUGCCGCACGGAAGCAACCAAGCAAAGCACUGGGCACCUUGCUUUUGCCCAUCAGCCGCUCAUCUUCACCAAAGUAACAGUCAUCUCCACCUUCAUCUCCACCUCAUCGUCAUCAGACACACGCAGCGGCUGACCUGCUCUCUGAGGCUACGGAGCUCAAUCUCGCUCGCUGAGCUCACCGAGACCAUCUCGUCCCACUGCCGCGAGUCCACUACAUCUUCUCCCUUCCGCCUCCCUAUGCCAACACUAUUUUGAGCUCUACUGAAACAAGUCUGGGGCCUCAGUUGGCAGAUCAGUCUUGGUCCUGUCAGGGUACCGGUGUAGUCUGGGGCCUCACGCCCAGCUCCCUGUUCGAGAAGUCCAGCCAUGGCUCCUCCCUCGAGACAGGCUUCACCCUUGAGCCUUGGCAGCCUCUCCUCUCUCCUCGCUUCUAGCCUCUCCUCCAACGAUGCUGUCCCUUCUCUCACGGACCUCAAUGAGCUGGCGAAAAGCCUCCGGACGUACAAGUCUGAGCUCACAGAGAGGAGCUCAAGGAUAGAUCGCGAGAGCGCAAGAGUCUCGGCGUACGGAGCAAGCGCUGGCGGCAGUGGCAGUAGUAGCGGGAGCAGAGCAAGAGGACAGAUCUUGGUCAAGUCUACCGAUAGCUCUUUCCUACCAGACUCCAGCAAAGGGAAAGGCUCACCUGCUCCUGGCGCAAUUGAAGGUCAGAGACCACUGACUGCAACACGGAGACAAUCGGGCUCGGCGGCAACUCGGUCCAAGGCUCCUACCCCGACUGCUGCUACUCCACCUCCCUCGUCCAUUAGUACCUCUGCUAGGGGCAAGAGCAAAGAGCCUGCAAUCUCUGCAUCGAGCAGCAAAGGCAAAGGCGUCGAGAAGCUGCCCUCUGCUAGCCAAGCGGGUGGAGGCAGCCCUGUAGCCUCUCCCUCUCCUGCUGCCUCUGUUACUUCCGCGAAUAUUCCUCGGCCGAGCGUCGUCAAGAUCAAGCGGGAAAGGGAUCGGAGUGCAAGUCUGCUUGAUGAUGUGCAGGCCAGCAGCUCUACUCAAGUUAUCGCUGGGGACGAUGUUGACGAUGAUGCUCCACCGAGUGGUCCGGGAAGGACAUAUGCCAAGAACAAGAGGAUAAGAAGGUCCGGCAGUAACCGGCAAGAGUCUGCCCUUCGUGACACGGACGAUGAGCAAGACGGAGAAGAUCGCAAGAGGGCGAUUCAUGGUCGCAGCCCAUCCGUCGGGUCGCCUUCUAGAAAUACACCCGCCGGACCCUCUCAGACGAACGGAAGUCCGAGUGCAGGUCAGAGAAGCUCAGGCCGUCCAUUAGGUAUCAGAUUGAAGCUGAAUCCGCAACAGGCGCCCAGUGGAAUUACAGCUCUAGGCUCAGCGCAUCAGCCCACUGGCCUUCGCCCGGGAGGUCAUGCCGCCAAUGGGGGACCUGAUGGCUCUGGCUUCAUCUGGACAUUGCCAGAAGAACCAGCUGCGCUUAUACCCCAACCUCCGAUCUCUCGCCCACCGAAGGCAUACCCCACCCGGCCGGAUGACGUCGACGAAGACUUCACAGCGAUGGACUGGAAGGAAAGGGAGCGCCAGAGGGAUCGGGAAGAGACGUACACGGCCAAUGCCUCUGCCUCCGCCAGUCCAGCGCCCGGCCAGACCCACCUGCACAAGGAGAUUCCAGGUGCAGCAAUCAGCGCUGCUGCCGCGAACCGCGUUCGUAGUCAGAACCAGCAACAGGUGACCUACCUGGCCUUCCAGGCCUACGUCGAUGGCUGGUUCAAGUCCCUUACAGAGGAGGAUGUUGCCUGGCUGGGCAGGCAAGAGGAUGAUGCAGAGCCCUUUCAGAUUCCCGAGAUCGGGCGACAUUACAAGGAAGUGUGGGAAGAAGAGGACGCAAAUGGAGGCACUGGCGCCUCUCUGUACGGAGCGCCAGACAUGACAGCAAUCAACGGGAGCCGCAAUGGUGUCCUCCACAAGCCCAAGCCUACUAGAGUUGGACCCUUCGAUCCGAGACAGCUUGCUGAUGAACACGCAUUCGGCACAUCUGCCAUGGAAGCCAAGGGUGGUCCGUUGACGGAGCGGGUCUUGUCUCUCGUUCUUCCCACUCCGCCUGCCCAUGCUCACUCAUCGCAAGGCCAACAGCAAGCAAAUGGCAGUGGAGAGCAGCAACAACAGCAACAGCAAGCGCCGCUGGUCAAUGGAUCAGCCUCUGCCUCUGCUGCUGCCCCUCCUGCUGUCAAUGGGCUGGGAUCCCACAAUGAAGUCCCCAGCUUCUCCCUCCCACCACCCCACACUCAGAACAUGGCUCAGUACGAGGAGCGUCUCAAGGCCGAGCUUCGCUUCCUAGACAUCCUAGGUCCUGAAGAGGAAGUCGACUGGUCCAAUCGUCAAGACGACGAGAUUUCCGCCACCCUGCGCAAAGUCCAGGUCCUCCUGGGUAAACAGACGAAGAUCAACACAGCUCGCAAGACGCGCUUGAAGGAAUUGGCCGAGGGCAGGCUCGCCUACCAGGACUAUCUCAGUUGUUUGACAAAUGUGGAAAAGGUCAUUGAGCAAGGUUGGUACAAGCGACAGAGUCUGCUCAAGAAGUUUGUCAGUAAGAAAAAGGGGUCCGCAAAGGCUUCUGGUUCUGCCACGGGUACGGGUGCAGGGGCAGGUGGGAACACGAGGGCGAAUGCUGUACCCGUGAUCAACGAGCACAACACCCGCUCCGGCACGCCCUCUUCAGCCAAGGACGGAAACUCGGCACUCAAUGCAGCAGCGGCCCUCAUGGCCAGUGUAGGGGGUGGCGGUGGCGAAUCAUCCAGCACCUCUGGCGUCCUUACACCCCUUGGCGCCACCCCCACUACCACCAAUGGGCAGCAUCCCUCCUCUCCCGCUCCUGGUGGUCUUCCCACUGAUCUCCCAUCAGGAGACGCUCCGCCCCCAGAUCCAUACGCAGCCUAUAAUGCCCUUGCUCUAAAUCGACUGGGCGUACCUCCCCUGGCACCCACGCUCGUAGAGGCGAUGCGCUCAAGGGAGAUGCUCAAGAGGGCGUUGGAGCCCAUUUUCCCUCCAGAGGUAAAGUGCGUGCCCAAGAGGAGCAUCUAUGAGGGAUUGGAUAUUGGGAGGGUGGAGAUUGAGGAGGAGUAGGAGUAGGAAAGUGGAGAGUGGAGAGUGGGAGAGGGCUACUUUGCUUUUGCGGAUUGGCAUGUCGUCACGUAGUCCAUUGUCCAUCUACCAUACUAUGCCUGUAUUGAAACACAAUGACAAUCGGGAAUCCAAGAUCAAUUAAGUGAUGCUUCGAACCUUUAC